GCCCUGAAGACAUGCACCGUGAACUGACUCUAGCGUUCCUCCUGAUUUUAUUCACGACAUCUGUAUUUCCCCUUCGCGGCGCUUUGUUCCGCAGCGGACGAUCGUUUCGAUUCAGACAACCCACAUCCGCAGAGGAGGAGGCUCCUGUCGAGAUCAAAAGAAGUGUUUUGUUCUACCCGGAUUUCUCGGCAAGAGCUCUGGACAAUGACGGAACAGCCUGGCGCCUUCAUUCCACUUACAAUUCCCAAAAACGCAGAAAUACUAGGAUAUUGACGCCUUGAUAGAAUUGUGCAUGUGGAGAUAAAGUGUUGUUAAUAAGCAGUCCUACCGUAUAGGACGCUUUGCAAAUAUGGCUUCAUUUUUUCAGCAAC